AUGAAGUUCACCGGACUUAUUGCCUCUCUUGCUGCUGUCAGCGCUGCCUCCGCCGCUGCUAUUCCUACCGCUUCUCUCCAGCCCACCUUGAACCAGCUUAACGGUGUUCUUGGAAACAUCGACGGUCUCCUUGGUGGUGCCCUCGGCGGUGCGGGCAUUUCUGACCUCGUUCAGGUUCAGGAUGCUCUCAAGCAGAUCAAGGGCGAGCUGAACCAGCUCACUAGCACCGUCUGCCAGCGCAGCGUUGUUGGCAAUGAGGUCGACACCGUUAACAAUGUUGUUUCGCCUUUGACUUCCACCGUUAACGGUGCCGUCCAGCCUGUGGUUGGCACCGUCAACUCCGCUGUCGGCACCGCUGAGGGUGCUGUUGGCAACGUCCUUCCCGGCACCACCGGUGUCCUUGGUGCUAAGCGCCAGGUUGGACAGCUCACUGGUGUUGCGACGAGCCUGGUCAGCCAGGUUAAGGAUGAAACCCUCGAUGCUGCUGGUGUCGAGCACAUCCUCGACCUCGUCCAGACCACACGGACAUCGAAUCCAACUAGAAAACCAUCCAGCAUCAUGGCCUCCGUUGAAGAAUUUCCCUACACUUUGACAGUCUCCCUCCCCCUCCCCUCAAAUCGCCUUGCAACCUCCGCUCUUCGUGCGAUUGAAGUCGACACCGAACUCUCCCCCUUCGUCCGACGCGAUAUGGUGGUAACAUCCCCGAAGGGCAUCCAAGCGGAUACCGAAGAGGCAAAGACUGUACUCGAGACUACAUACCGUGCAACCACCAACCGGAUGCUGCGGGUGGCUGUCAAUGGGUUCAUGGAGAGCCUUGGGGUCGUUCUCGGAGUAAUGGAGGAGUUGGAUGUCGAUGUAUUAGAAGCGGAGGGAGUUGAGAAAUGA